AGUGUUCCCUCAGUCCUCCCUGAGUCUCAGCUCAGCUGUGAGAUGAUGUGCUGCCAGGGGACAUCUUGGGACAUGCGCACAGGGAAACCAUCCCCAUACGGCAGGUGCAGAGGCAGUGAGUGUUGUUGUCUGCUGUCUUUGGGAUUUGCUUGAGAAAUCAGUGGCAGGAGGGGAAACAAGAGGCAAAAAAUUGCCUUCAAGAUUUGAGCUGCUCAGUGCUGAUUUAUAUAUGACAUGUUAAGUCAGAAAAAUGGAGGUUAAACUGCUGGGGAGCUUCCAUCAGAGGUUAUAACCUACCCUUCCAUUGGGGUGAGCAAUGUUGGGUCAUGAGACUGUCAUAGAGAAGCAAAGCUCUCCUUUGAGGGGCACUUGCAGUCAUGUACAUGCAGCAGGUGUGGAACCAUACAGCUUCCCCAUCUUGCACAUCAUCUCUCUGGGUUCAGCUCUCUCAAUACCUUCUCCCUUCUCCCAUCUGUCUUAAGAAACAUCAUUAUUAUUACUAAGUAGUAAAGGCCUUUUUUAAUCUACAGUACAAUUUAUUCUGCUAAAUAACAUCAGUACAUUAAAAAAAUACAUUUCACCUGUCAAACACCAUUGCAAAGUGUGUUGGAUGUCCUUUUGCUAAUACCUUGGUUAAUGCUGGAUUAACUUCAUGAUGCAUCCUGUGUGGCUGUUCACUUCACUCCUGCUCAGGUGUUAAAGCAAGGACACCCCGUGUGGCAGACUCAAGGGACAGCAGAAGGGAAGGUCCAUCGUCCCCUGCAUUGCCCUGGAGGCAGCUGUCAGCUUGGGAUAAAACUGCCAUAGAAAAGGCAAAGAGUACAUGUCCAAGCUGGAAAUUAGCCAUGGGCCAGCUUACUCCAGAAAGCCUCUGGAGCUGACCCAAGAGCAGCUGAACUGCUGAGGUUCUCCUGCUUCCCACCAUUCUGUGGGGAUGGGGAUGGGUACAGGAAGAUCCACACUUGCACCCUCUGAUAGUUCUGCUUGUGUGCAGGUGCAACUCAGUGAGAUUUAGGCGGUUAAUGAAGCAGCAGACUACAAAAUGUGUAAGUUGGACUGAUCUGUUUGUAACAAGAGGAUUGACUUGUUGAUUUUUACUUUAGUUGUUUUUUACCUUGUGAGCUCCUGAGGUAAAGCUUGAUUCUCACAGGGCAUUAUCCUGUAAGUCUGAGUGACCUGGAGAAAGAGUGGCACCACUGAGAGCAUGAAAAGGUAGCAAGCCACAGGAAGCAGAAGCUCAGCUACAAGAUGUGUGAUGUCUUUCUCACACAAGAUGUGUGAAACAUCUCGUGACAAACCAUUGCUAGUGCUAGCAUGCAAUUGUUGAGGGAUUUGAAACCACUUUUAGGUGUGACCAGCUGUGGCUAAGAGCUGCUGUGAAGCUGGUGGUACCUUUGGCCCUGGAUGUGAGCUCUUCACUGUGUGCUGGACUUCAUGUUUCGGUGCCUGUGGCACAGGGGUUCAGCCCCUUGCCCAGAGGGCACUGCACACUCCCAGCCAUAGCAUCAAUUCCUCUCUGAUCAGCCACCCAAGACUCUCUCCACUGUGUGCAGUGUUCCUGGCAUGGCAGAGAUGAGGGAUGUGCAGACAUGGGAGCAGCUCUCUGCUUGUACCAACUGCAAUGGCUUCAGUGUUGGUGAGAUGUGCAACUGACCCUCAGCUAUAUUUCUAAGGGCUGUGAAUAUUUCCCCUUGCACUUUCUCAGCUCCAUUCUCCUGCAGCUUUUACCAUUGCAGGAACUUCCCUUCUGCCUGAGCAAUUUCAAGCUGUGGGAAGAGAGCGAGGUUUGUGGGUAACAUGUUCUUCCAUUGAAGCUGUGGAGACGUCUAGAAAAAAGGUGAAGUUUCUGAUUCAGAAGACCUUCUCCAUGUCUGACACAGAGCUGUCUCUGGAAAGGACUGGUGGGAUCAGAGCUUUGGAGAGAGGACCCCAUGCACCCUCCUGUGCCAGACAGCCCCCCCUGACCUGCACACCAAUAGGAUUCAUGGACCCUCUGUGAAUGAACACACCUCUUACCACUGAAGACAACUUAGCUUGUGUAAAUAGUACAAGGCAGCGUGCUGGGGAAAGUGGCUUUGUUCAUUUGUGGUCAUGUUUGAAGCUGCAGGUUGGACUUCUUUUAAGUGGUACAGAGAACAAGCACAAACUUUUACGUGUGAGAGGGCCAAACUGGAACACAUAAGUUUCUGCUUGUAGCUGCUCCAUAAAAUACAGAGGUAGACUGUGUAAUCCAUACUUUGUCCUUUGCAGAGAAAGCAAAAAGGUAUUAAGGGAGAUUUUUUUCAUCUGUGCUCCUGAAUCUUCAUCAGUAUUGCAUUUACUGUAGUACAUGUUAAAUUGGUGAAUAUUAAUUUCAGUGGAAUUUUUCCAUUGUCUUCUUAGAAAUAAAAAUGGAAUGGCUUGGUUUGGAAGGGACUUUAAAUAUCAUCUAGUUUCAAACCCCAUGCUGUGGGCAGGGAUGCUUUCCACUAGAGCACAUUACUCAAAGCCCCAUCCAACCUGGCCUUGAACACUUCCAGGGAUGGGGCAUCCACAGCUUUGCUGGGCAACCUAUUCCAAUGCCUCACCACCCUAACAAUGAAGAAUUUCUUCAUAAUACAGACUAAACCUACCCUUCUCCCAUUCAAAGCAACUCCCCCUUGCCCUGUCACUACAUGCCCUUGUGAAAAGUCCCUCUCCAGCUCUCUUGUAGCUCCCUUUAGGUACUGGGAGGUGCUCUGAGGUCUCUCUGGAGCUUUUCCUUCUUACCACCUAAAAAACCUGACUGCAUUUCAACUUGCUGUUUCCCUCCUCCCCAGCAGACUCCUGACCAUGAGCCUCAUCCAGCCAGCUGCUGGGAUGUCAGGCAUCUCCUCCUCUAGGAGAAUCUGCUGAUUCACAACUUUUUGCAAACCUCAGUUUUCACAGCCUAUUGCAAUGUUCUCACAAAGAACACCAACUGUGUAUGAGCCAGCCAGGGAGUGGCCAGGCAGCCCCAUUGUAAAAAGCAGGGACAGACACAGAAACUUUGGAGCUGCUGGAAGCCAAGGGAAGCAUUUCAAGGCACAUCUCUCUGUUUUCUCAGCAGCACUACUGGUGCUUCCCAUAAAGCCUUCCCAUAAAGCACCCUAAGUCCCAGCCUGCUGACAAAGCUGCCAUACUGAAGUUUAGCCCAAACUUCUCCUUUCCCCAUUCUUCAUGAGGACGAGAGAGAAGGGAAUCUCAGCAUCAGCACUUCCCAUGGGAUGCAUUGAGCUUGACUUGCUCCCGAGAAACACCACCCAGACCCUCUCUGGGAUCUCUGCAUGCUGUGUGCAUCCUGCUGGGAAACAAAAAGUGCUGUCCUAGUGCCACAGAUUCUCCACAAAAUUUGGAAGUGCAUCCAAAACUGUCUUGCGUGGGGCAUGAGUGGUUACGUAUUUGGGGCAUGUUAGUGUAGAAACUGUAAGAUUAGUGUCUUAUGAAGUGAAAUUUAUGUGCAUAUAGUAAUUGCCCAGUUAAUUUUACUGUAGUGGCUGGGCUACAUGGCCUGUGACAAGCACUUAAGGAAUCAGCCUAAUUAUUAUGAAAAGCCUCCCCAUGUAGGAUGUGUUUUCUAAGAAAUGAAAACCUAUAUGUCUGUUCUGAUAAAAGUACAUUAUUCAGAACUGCUCUUCCCUGAGCAGCAACAUCAUGUGGGCAAAGUUAAGGGAAUAAGACAAUAAGCAUGCAAACAAUUUUUAAAAAAAGAAAUAACUAAUCUUGGGAAAAGGAAAAAUAAAUUACUGUGUUCUGCAUUUGUAAAGUCUGUGGUUGUAAGGACAGGGAACAGCUCCUGACCUCCCCCUUCAAGUUACCUCCCACUUGUACGUUUUUUACUACUGGCUGCCAAUAACAUCUGAGGGAGUUAGUUUAGCUUCCUCUUUGCCAGAGCCUCUUUGUGCAGGGAGAGGAGGCAAGGCUGCUCACCAGAAGAGGGCCUGGGAAUGGCUGCCCCAACCGUAGUGACGAUCCAGCCCCAAUUCGGUGGGGCCAUGUCCUCUGUCUCCAGGUGCACGUGGCAGACAGGCCUGAUGGACUGCUGCUCCGACUGUGGCGUCUGCUGCUGCGGGAUGUUCUGCUUCCCCUGCCUGGCAUGCCAGGUGGCUGGGGACAUGAACGAGUGCUGCCUGUGUGGGACCAGCGUGGCCAUGAGGACCCUGUACCGCACCAGAUAUAACAUCCCGGGGUCCAUUUGCUCUGACUACUGUGUCACCCUGUGGUGCACUGUUUGCUCUGUUUGCCAAAUGAAGAGAGACAUCAACCGCAGGAGGGAGCUUGGCAUAUUCUGAGGCUGCCAUCCUCGCUGCAUCCUUGGAGCUGCUGCAAGCAGGAGUCACCACUGCUCUGACUGUUGGGGAAUGCACCAUGUGGAGCUUGCCUUGACUGCAUUUGAUUUUCCCUACUUAACUGCAGAAAUAAAGUUUUGAAUUUGUCUUCCUA